AGCGCCUACAUACCGAGCGCUCAGGCUCGAUUUACUGCAUUUGCCUCUUUUCGCCGAAGUACCACUUGUAGCAGGUGAAGUAGUGACCAGUUCGCCGCCAUGCCUAGCGCAGCUCUUGUCCAUGCUGCGUGCUUUGCUGUAGGCGCUCUUGUUGGCGGUGGUGUGGCAGCAACAGUCGCUAAUCGACGCAGGGUGGUACCUCCUCCCCCUCAAUCUUCGUCUGGAACGGUGGUUGCUCCGACGUUACCUUCACCUACGGUGACCGCACCUCAACCUAUAGUGGAUGUUAAAUCUGUAUCUGGUGCAUCCCAAGUGAAAGCUGCAUCGGAAGCACUGGUCAAGGUUGAUACAGGCAUUGUGAAGUAUAGCGAUAUUGGUCCUGUCUCUGACCGGCUUGUCCGGACUGUUUAUGUUGCUGGUUAUGAUCGUCGUCUACGACAUCCGGCAUGGACGGCAGAACAUCUCACUUUAGCCUCGCUCGGAAAGUCUCUCGUUGAACCUCCUCCAGAAGACAGUGAAUCUGCAGACAGAGUGAAAUCUCUGUUUGCCGAGGACAAGUCCAUUCCGGCGCUCUUUCGCGCAAAACUUCAAGACUAUUUGAAAAGCGGAUAUGAUCGCGGUCACAUGGUUCCUGCUGCUGAUGCAAAAAUGUCACAGGCUGCCAUGAAUGAGACAUUCCUUCUGUCCAACAUUGCCCCUCAAGUUGGAGUGGGUUUCAAUAGACAUUAUUGGGCAUACCUUGAAGACUGGUGUCGGCGUUUGACUGCCAACUUUGCUGAUGUUUACGUCUUCACCAUUCCACUAUACCUUCCGAAACUCGAUUCCGACGGCAAGUGGCGCAUGCAUUACGAAGUCAUCGGUUCACCUCCCAAUGUCUCUGUUCCCACUCAUUUUGCUAAGGUAGUACUAACCUCAAGACCAUCAUCUCCGGAGACGCCGGAUGUCCCAGAAAUCUCAACGGGCGCAUUCAUCCUGCCAAAUGCCUCAAUCCCGGAUGAUGCUAGACUAGUGAAUUUCAUCACCCCAGUUGAAACUGUUGAACGUCAUUCAGGACUAAUCUUGUUCUCGGAUGCGGUCAAGAAGUCUUCCAAGCACAUCUGCAAGACGGCCAAAUGUGAAGUGAUUGUGCGUCGCUUCGACGAGGUGCAGAAGAAGCCUGAGACUGUGAAGGCAAUUUCAGGUCCCAAAAAGUUCUAAUGUCUAGUACGCCCAACAGCAUAGGCAUGAUGUAGACAGUUCUGCAAAUACCACAUAGAUUAAUAUAUUAGAAGCCAGCUACUAUAUCCUCAAUCCGCACAACAUAAGGCCCGAUUCCCUGACUCAAGCAAAGUCUAAUGUUCGUGCCGUCUGAGCGAACUUGUCCUAACAGAACGUGCACAUUAUCGAAGGGAUUCAACUUUGAAGAAAGAAAAAAUUAAAGUGAAGGCCAAAGG